UCGUCCCGGCCUAGGCACGAGCCCUGAGCGCUCUUGCAGCUGCUCGGACCUGCAGGCAGGGUCGCGAGCCAUGGACUAUCACCUCCGCACAUGCCGCGGGAGCCUGCUCCAGCGUGGUCUCCUGUUCCUCCUGCUUCUGCUCAUGCUACUGGUGGACCCGGUGCUCCCGGCCCAACGUCACCCCCCGGUGGUGCUGGUGCCUGGUGAUUUGGGCAACCAGCUGGAAGCAAAACUGGACAAGCCGAAGGUCGUACACUACCUUUGCUCCAAGAGGACCGACAGUUACUUCACACUCUGGCUAAACCUUGAAUUGCUUCUGCCUGUCAUAAUUGAUUGUUGGAUUGACAAUAUCAGGCUGAUUUACAACAGAACAUCUCGGGCCACCCAGUUUCCUGAUGGUGUGGAUGUUCGUGUCCCUGGAUUUGGAGAGACCUUCUCACUGGAGUUCCUGGACCCCAGCAAAAGCAAUGUGGGUUCCUAUUUCUACACUAUGGUGGAGAGUCUCGUAGGCUGGGGCUACACUCGGGGAGAAGAUGUUCGAGGGGCCCCUUAUGAUUGGCGCCGAGCCCCAAAUGAAAAUGGUCCCUACUUCCUGGCCCUCCGAGAGAUGAUCGAGGACAUGUACCAGCUGUAUGGGGGCCCUGUGGUGCUGGUUGCCCACAGCAUGGGCAACAUGUACACGCUCUACUUUCUGCAGCGGCAGCCACAGGCCUGGAAGGACAAGUACAUCCAUGCCUUCGUGUCACUGGGUGCGCCCUGGGGGGGCGUGGCCAAAACCCUUCGAGUCCUGGCCUCAGGAGACAACAACCGCAUCCCUGUUAUCGGUCCACUGAAGAUCCGAGAACAGCAGCGGUCUGCCGUCUCCACCAGCUGGCUACUGCCCUACAAUUAUACCUGGUCCCCUGAAAAAGUGUUCGUGCACACAUCUACAACCAACUACACGUUGCGGGACUAUCGCCAGUUCUUCCAGGACAUCGGCUUUGAAGAUGGCUGGUUCAUGAGACAGGACACAGAAGGGCUGGUUGAAGUCAUGAUGCCACCUGGCGUGCCACUGCACUGCCUCUAUGGCACCGGUGUCCCCACGCCAGACUCCUUCUACUACGACAGUUUCCCUGACCGUGACCCAAAAAUCUGCUUUGGUGAUGGUGACGGCACUGUGAACUUGGAGAGUGUCUUGCAGUGCCAGGCCUGGCGGAACCGCCAGGAGCACCAGGUGUCCCUGCAGGAGUUGCCAGGCAGCGAGCACAUCGAGAUGCUAGCCAACACCACCACCCUGGCCUAUCUGAAACGUGUGCUUCUUGGGCCCUGAUUCGUGUGCCAGGCAGGGCUGCUGGGUGGCUGGCUCGUGGAGCUUUUCUUGGCCUUUGGGCCUGUAUUGGCCUACAAGCUCAGCAAAGCGUGUGACCGAUCGUCGUCCGAGGCUGUAGUCUACCCUGGAGGGCUGCUGUUUCUUACCAUCCCUGAGUGGCGGUGAAGGAAGAAAUAUGCGUAGAUUCGAGACACUUGAGACAAUGUGCUGACGCUGUAAUUGCUGUGACCUCAGACUUGGUCUGUAGGGUGGAUUGGUUGGUUCCUGGCCCCAGCCCUCGAUUGGGAGCCAUGCAGUCUUCCCAUCCUUAUAGCCUUUCCACACUUGCCCCCUAGACCCUAGUCUUCCUGUGAAGGAUGUUGCAGAGCUGCAUGGUCCUUGCCCCCCAGGGUCCCAGCAUGACCUCAGAUGGCCUCACAAACUGGCUUCAGCCCUGCCCCACUGGCCAUGUGUGGCUAGAGACUCUGGCUUCUCUGGGACCUUAGGUGGACAGCCCUGAGUGUGGCCUCCUCGGGGGUAGCCCAUUACCCCUUGCAAGCAGGGGCAGAGUAUUAUGUCCUCCCUGGUUCCCAGGUCUGGGAACGUUGGUUCCAUUCCUACCUCUUAACUCCAGGAGCAGCCUAAUUCUAGACUGGGCAGGAGAGGGCCUCCCAAUUCUGGGAGCCAUGUCCCAGGGUUCUGGGUCCCUUGCUUACGCUCUGGGUCUCAGUGUUGGAGCUGGCUUUCUUGGCUGUGGGACUGUGACUUAAGGAAAGCAGGGCCCAGUGUCCUGACCUUCUAGCUAGGCAUCUGUGAAGAAAGGGAGCUCUAGGAGGCAACUGUGGCUGCUCAUAGCUGCCUAGAGCCACCCUCUUGGGAACGUCACCAUCAUACUGUGCCCUGCCUUAGGGUCUCCCUACCAGCCUACUUGGAACUGGCAUGGGACUAAGAGGUGGUGGGGCUCCUGUCACUCACAUGUGCCCACGAGGCAGCUGAAUGAUUUUCAGUCUUCAGGAGUUAGCGCAGGGACUUGAGUGGGCCCUUGAAAGAGGGGUUUUCUGUCUUCCCCAGGGAUGCUGUAUGGAGGUGGAGAAUCUGGGUCUGCCUUAGGGGCAGUGGGCUCCAGGCGGGCACCUGGCCAUAGGCUGAGGCCUGGGUCCAGCCUUUAGGCUGGGUUCCCCAAACCACCUUCAGACUAGUCUAUGCUGCUCCCCCACACAGUUUCUGUGACACUGGACUUUGUGCACAUGUCCAGCAUGUCUCUUAGCUUGUUCCUGAGUGGCGGGUCCCAUCUGGGGCUCUGAGAAGGCCAUACCUCGAUUCUGGCAAUAAAAGUAUUCUGGAUGCUGUAA